UAACGGACUUUGAUAUGAGAACCGCAACAUCUUAACACAGAUGGGUUGUGAUUAUAUCGACAGCAUCGCACCAAUAUGGAAUGGAUCUAUAUCAAUAGCAGUAAUGGCGAGGUUGAUGCCAAAGCCAGAUCUACUAUACGUCGGCGUGCAGCAAAGGGGCACAAUAUCGGUCGAAAGGUCAACCGGCCAUCCUAUCUCAGGAGCCUACAACACCAGCCUAGAUCAAAGCUCCUUCCUAUCGUCAGUUCUGGCUCUUGUUCUCCUGUACAGAGUGCACAGCACAAUAUGGAUGCCGAUGGAGAGUCCCAAAGCACGCCCACACAGGUCGAACGCAUCAUCGGCGACAGCCUCUCCAUAUUGAAUCUUCCUAUCAAGAUAGCCCCUGGAGAUAGAGCACUCACGUAUGAAGCCCUAGCUUUCAUGAAAGUGCCGAAACUCCAGCCUGCCUUGUCCCAUGCUCUUUCUGUCAACGACGCAAAUUACUCUACAGACUUUCUCCGACUGAUGCUUAUGGAUCAAGCAUGCUACCAUUGCAUCAUAGCGAUCUUCGUUGAAUCCAGGUCACUGACUCGUACUCUUAACGGUAUUCACCAUAUUACGCAGUCACUCCACCUGAUCAACGAGCGCAUUUCUCGUAGUACGGGUGUCACCAAUACUACCAUCGCUGCAACUCUAGGAUUGUCAACAUAUGACGCUGUGCAAGGACGCUAUGAUCAUGGCGCCGUACACGUUCAGGGCGUUUUGCGAAUGAUAGAGAUCCGCGGUGGUGUCUUCCGAGUUGGCUCUGAAGAUCCCCAAUUGAUGUUGAAGAUACUUAGGUCUAGCUUAGCCUAUGCUUUACGGUCUGCUUCUAUCCCGAGCAUAGAUAUUGAUUGGCUAGAGAUUCAAGAAAACACGAAUGGACUGAAUCUUCAACAUACCGAGGCAUACUCCGAACUACUGCCCGCUAACGUGGGUGGAACACUGAGGGUCCUGGAUCCUGAACUCCUCUAUCUUUGGGAACGAAUGUACAUCCUGUCGGGUCUCGUCAACAAAGCCAGUUCUGGCAAUCACACAAAGCUUUCAUCGGCACAAUUCAUGACAAGCCACGUCUGGCUUGGUCAUCGGCUAUUGCAGUAUGCACCACUAAUACCUUCCGGAUACAAGCCCGCCUCUCAGAGCCUAGUACAUCUGGGUUCUGUAAUGAUCAUUAGCGCCCUGUUGAACGGAUUUGGCCGUGAGGUGCAUAAUACACAUCUAUCACAGCUUGUUCGAGACAUUUGUGUGGAAAGUCUAGAAGUCAGUGUACCCAAGGAGCUCACCUUAUGGGUUCUGUUCAUGAGCAAGAUCACUGGCUUGCAAGAUGCUGUCGAUGAUGCGUUGCUGCUCCCGAGAGCUUCAAGCUUGAUUCAUGAGUUAGAGAUAAGCACCUGGGAUGAUACGAGAACGAUUCUAAGCCAAUUUCCUUGGAUCCAACACUUCUAUGAAAUGCAAGCUUGCUCUUGGUUUAGAAGAAUCAAUAUGUAUGAAAUGGUUCGAUGAAUUCGGACCUCUCCGAAGGGACAUGGGAAACUACUCUAGCCCAAAGCACGCAUACAUCAAUACCUUAAGGCCUUCGCCACACAGCCUGGAACAAUCUUCUCAAGCUCC